AAGCAUUUGCAGAGUAAGAGGAGAUAAAUAGGAACCACCAUCUACAGAACUCCUGGAAACAAAAGUAAGCUCAAGGAGUACUUCGCGCGAGUAAGCCCAUCCAAAUUUUGUUUCUGAGCUCAUCAUUUAGACCGGCUAGGCCAAAACCAUUUUCAAUAGCCGUGGGAUAGGCUAACGUGCGCACUUCUUCGGUUUCGACAGAUCCAUGUACGACACCAUUACCGGAGCUUCAACGCUUGGACACACACAGUAGAAGAGAAACCCUCGACAGCACUUGCAUGGAGAACUGAGUGUUUUGGAGGAUCUAUUUUGAUUAUUUUAGUUCGCUUAUUAUAUCUUUGUGAUGCGCGUUAAGAUAUUGGUAUAUGUUUGAUGGUUUGUAUUGGUUCUUUUGUGUGGUCGAAGAAAAAAAACCGUAUGAACGAUGAAGGUAAUCUGUCUUCUAAGGAAGGGAUGAUAGGUGAGGGAUUGUGUUCUGAAUCAGCAGAAGGGUUGCAUGUUGUGUCGGACUUCAGUGGUGCGUUAAGGUUGGAAGGAGAGUCGCUAUCUUCUAUAGCUAGGGCAGGGGAUAACAAUAUGGAUGGAGAAGGAAGUAAAUCUGGUUCGAAGAGGAGAUCCAAGAGUAUUGAAGUUCGAGUCGAUUCAGAUGACGAUGAUGAACCCAUUGGGUCUCUUUUUAAACAGAAGAGGCCUCGGAACCCUAAAAGGGCAAAGCCUGGAUUAAAUGGCGGGGAGGUUGGACAGGUAGAGGUUAGGGCAGAGAAGUCCAUGGUUGAAGGUGUUGAUUUUGGCGAGAUGGACGAUACAUUGGCUAAUUUCAGGAAGAAGUUGAAGGGUCCGAAGAUGGGGAAAAAUGGUGGAUCUGUUAGGGUAAGGGGAAAGGAUUCUGUUUUGAGAGUGGGGGUGAAGCUGGGUCAAUCUUCUCUCAAGCCCUUGAAGGAUGAAUCUGUAGAAGCAAAAUCACUGGAGAAGCUGGUCGAACAAAGCCUGACAACUGGUUUUGAUGACUUGGAUUUGCCUUUGAAUGAGGGGUUGGAGAAUAGGUCAAAAAGCCAUGGUAAAAGAUCUAGGGUUGUUUCAAUUCCAAAGAAGGAUAGAGUAAAGAACCAAGAUGAAGGUUCCACUCAUUCCUGUGAUGGAAACGUAGAAGUUUCACUUUCUGCAUUUGUUAGGAAGUCGCAGUCUGCUUCAGUCAGGAAAGCUCGGUCUUCUUCUAUUUCGAAACAUAGAGAGGAAACUAAAGCUUCUGGUGAUGACUUGAUUCAAGGCCCUGAGCUUUCAGAGGGUGUUUUAUCCAUGAUUACCAGGAGAUCACGGUCCAAUUCAAGUACAAAGUCAACCAGGAAAAUGGCCAAAGAUGACAGCGGGAUUGACAUGGUUUCUAUGAGUAGUCAAAUAGAUCCAGUUGUUCAAAAGGAGACUCUGGAAAUUCAGAGAUCUGGUGCCUGUACAAGUGUAUCUAAUGAGUCAAUGCAAGAGGACUCAUCAUCUUGUUUAGCUCAAGAGCUUGCUUCUGCCCCUGAGAUUGACAUAGUGAGAUGUAGUGAUAUUAAAUAUUAUACAUCCCCUCCAGAAUGUCAAUCAGUGAAACAUGUUGAAGAAAAGCCUUUGACAGUCCAUUACUUGGAAGGUGAUAGAGAGACCCCUGGGAAGCAUGAUAAGUCAAAACAACUUUCUUGCGGUGCUUCUGAAGAAUGUAGCAAUGUCCAAGAGUCUUGCACUGCUUCCCUCCAAAAUCUUAUGGAGGAAACUCAGAGGUUGCAGGGUGCGUUAAAGCAGUGUUCAGAGGGGAAACACGGUGCUUGGGUGCAUGACAUUGUUGGAAAAUCAAGCAUCGAGUCUAACUCAAAACUGAUGGAGAAGAAUAGUGUGUUUGAUGCUGAACGGUCAAACAUUCCCGAAGAUCUUCCAUCAUCUGUUGCUUCAAGGUCUGCUGAAUUGAGCCUCAAAUUGGAUGCAGCUUUGGAUGGAACUUCUGAUGUCCUAAAGACAACUCAAAAAGCCGCUGGGUCUGAUGAUGAGUAUGAUCAGUUGGCUGGUGGUGUUCCAGAAAUAUGCCACUCAAGUGCAGUCCAGGAAGCUUGUUCUCUUUCCCUUCAAACGCCAGUAAAAGAAACUAUAGUUUCUUGUUCUACAGAUGAUCGGUUGAAAAGGUCAUUGGAGGAAACAUGUAAAGAGAACACCAUGGAACAUAGUAAUUGUUUGAACCAGCUUUCUGGAAGUACCUUCAAUGAAUUAAGUGAUCGCAGUGAAAAGUUAUCUUCUGCACCCUGCAAAACUCAGAAUGGGGAAAUGAUGAGAUCUACUGAACUAUUACAGCCACCCAGUGAAAAUUUGUUGAGUUCCUUAAGGAAGUUGGGGGACAUCCCAAAACCUCAAUACAGGCCUGAAGAAUUUCCUGAUGAGUUUUCAAAAGACCAGCUUGUUCAACUCCAUCCAUCUUCCUCUGCUUCUGGUUCAAUGAGGAAAGAAGGAACACACAGACAUUAUGAUGCUCCAAAUCAAGCUCUGUAUACGUCUGUGGACUGCUGCCAUGAUUCCAUCUCUAUGCGCACAGAAGAAACCUCUAGAUCUGAUUGUGGGUUAGGUCCGUUUUCUCUGCUUCUUGAUGUGGUUACAAAAUCCGAUUCUUCCCUUGCUGUGAAUCACAAGGAGGAAAUGCCAGCCACUAUAAAUCCAUUCUCUGAUGGGCCUAUGGUUGGUUCUGAUACCUGUGUUGAGAAGAAAACUCAACAUUUAGAUGAUGCCUUAAAAGUGAUAAAUGUUCCAAAUAAAGAUUCUCUCUGUGUAAAGGAAGAAGCCAAGGGAACCUGUUCUGCAUCCAUGCAUCCACAUGAGAUAUAUCUAGAUGAUGCAGAAGUAGCACCUGUUCCCAAAAACAAGGAUAAGAAACUUACACUGCAGCAGAGGGCCAUACGCAAGAUUAAAAAGCGUAGGCAUAGGGAUAUGACUUAUGAAGGGGAUAAUGAUUGGCAGGUUCUUAUGUGUGAGCAAGGUUUUUUCGAAAAUGAUCGUGUUCUUGAUGGUGAUCAGCCAUCUAGAAUCAAAGACAAGUCCAGUUCACCUUCACUUAACGUUUCAGAGGCUGACAGUGGAGUGGCAGUGGUGGCAGCAGGGUUGAAAGCUCGUGCAGCUGGUCCAGUUGAGAAAAUUAAAUUCAGGGAGGUCCUAAGACGCAGAGGUGGGCUUCAAGAGUACCUGGAAUGCAGGAAUCUAAUCUUAGGCCUUUGGAGCAAAGAUAUGAGUCGCAUCUUGCCUCUUAUAGACUGUGGAGUUACUGAUGUUCCUUCCAAGGAUGAGACGCCGCGUGCAUCUCUCAUUAGGGAAAUAUAUUCAUUUUUGGACCAGAAUGGUUAUAUCAAUGUCGGAAUUGCUUCUGAAAAGGGUAAAGCUGACCCUCAUGCUAAUGCCCGUUAUAAACUUUCAGAAGAAAAGAUACCGGAUGAAAGGCUUGGGGCUCAGGUUGCUGAUUCAGAGGAUGGAGUCGCCUUCAUUCUUGGUCAGCUUAAGUGUUCUGAAAAUCUCAGCGAGUUGAAGAAUAAUGUGUUACUUGACGAUGCAAAACUGAUCUCAGAAGCCACCGACAUUGGAAAGCCGCAUGUGCCAACCAUGGGACAUGAAUUAUCUAAUCUGGAGUCAGAAGAACACCUUAUUGAUAAUGACAAUGCGAAUGGUUGUGUUGAUGCUGUGAGUUUUGAUACAUCUUGUGAUAUAGUGGAUGGUGGACCAGAUUCUAUUUUAGCUACAGAGCUGUUAAGGGACUCAUCUGGGGUUAAAUCUGCUGUAAUCCACCCUGUAGAGGUAAAUGAUGGCAUGCAAUGUGAUUCAGAAUCUUGCAAGAGAAUCAUUGUUGUGGGAGCUGGCCCUGCUGGCUUGACUGCAGCUCGUCAUUUGCAGCGCCAAGGCUUCUCUGUUACAGUGCUUGAAGCUAGAAAUAGGAUGGGGGGUCGUGUUUAUACGGACCGUUCAUCUCUUUCUGUCCCUGUGGAUCUUGGGGCCAGCAUUAUUACUGGUGUUGAGGCUGAUGUGGCUACUGAAAGAAGACCAGAUCCAUCCUCGUUGAUCUGUACUCAGUUGGGCCUUGAGUUGACUGUAUUGAAUAGCGACUGCCCACUUUAUGAUAUUGUAACAGGUCAGAAAGUACCUGCAGAUUUGGAUGAAGCCCUUGAAGCAGAGUUUAACAGCCUACUUGAUGACAUGCUAGUUCUUGUUGAUCAGAAGGGUGAGCUCGCAACGCAGAUGUCACUUGAGGAUGGGUUAGAAUAUGCCCUAAGGAGGCGCCGUAUGGCUCGACCAGUUUCAGAUGCUGAAAAUCUUGAGUUGCAUACUUCAGUGAAUGCUUCCACUGAAAAUGGAAGAUGCUGUUUUACUAAUGACCACCCGGAUAAAUUCAAGUCUAAAGAUGAGAUUUUGAGUCCUCUUGAGAGGAGAGUAAUGGAUUGGCACUUCGCCAACUUGGAGUAUGGUUGUGCUGCUCUGCUCAAGGCAGUGUCUCUUCCUCACUGGAAUCAGGAUGAUGUUUAUGGAGGAUUUGGAGGGGCACAUUGUAUGAUCAAAGGGGGUUACAGCACUGUCAUUGAAUCUUUAGGGAAAGGGGUCGAUAUUCUCUUGAAUCAUGUUGUGAAGGAAAUCUCUUAUAGGACAAGAGACUCAAGAGAAGAUAGUGAAAAGUGGAGUAAAGUUAAAGUAUCCACCUCAAAUGGUAGGGAGUUUGUAGGGGAUGCAGUUUUGAUCACUGUGCCUUUGGGGUGCUUAAAAGCAGAUACCAUAAAAUUUUCUCCAGCCCUGCCAGAUUGGAAGAAAUCUUCCAUUCAAAAGCUUGGUUUUGGUGUCCUUAACAAAGUGGUCUUAGAAUUUCCAAAAGUCUUUUGGGAUGAUUCUGUUGAUUACUUUGGAGCAACCGCUGAGGAAACAGAUCGAAGGGGUCAAAGCUUUAUGUUCUGGAAUGUGAAGAAGACAGUUGGAGCUCCUGUUCUUAUAGUCCUUGUGGUUGGUAAGGCAGCAUUAGAUGGUCGAGAUGUGAGCUCAUAUGAUCAUGUUAAUCAUGCUGUUAUGGUUCUCCGAAGACUUUUUGGGGAGGCCAAAGUACCUGAUCCAGUUGCAUCGGUUGUGACAAAUUGGGGCAAGGAUCCUUUUAGCCGUGGCGCUUAUUCCUAUGUUGCUAUAGGGUCAUCAGGGGAGGAUUAUGAUGUGUUGGGUAGGCCUGUUGGGAACUGUUUAUUUUUCGCUGGCGAAGCUACCUGCAAGGAGCAUCCAGACACCGUUGGUGGUGCUAUGUUGAGUGGCUUACGUGAGGCCGUACGCAUAAUCGACAUCCUGAGCACUGGAAAUGAUCAUACAGCGGAAGUGGCAGAAAUGGAAGCUUCACAGAGACAGUCAGAGAGUAAAGGAAAUGAAGUUAAAGAUAUGCUGAGGAGACUUGAUGCAGUGGAACCCUCUGGUGUCGUAUACAAGAGCUCAUUGGAUGGAGCUCAGAUGUUGACCAAGGAGUCUUUGCUUAAGGAUAUGUUCUUUAAUGCCAAGACUAAUGCAGGACGUUUACGGUUGGCCAAGGAAUUAUUGAAUCUUCCCGUUGAAGUUCUGAAGUCCUUUGCUGGGAUUAAAGAAGGACUUAGCACACUCAACUCAUGGAUACUGGAUUCGAUGGGAAAAGAUGGAACCCAACUGCUGCGACAUUGUGUUCGUCUGCUUGUGCUUGUGUCGACUGAUCUACUUGCUGUCCGUUUAUCGGGUAUAGGAAGGACUGUGAAGGAGAAAGUCUGUGUACAUACUAGCCGUGACAUUCGUGCUGUGGCAAGUCAGUUGGUCAGCUUAUGGAUUGAAGUGUUCCGCAAGGAAAAGGCUGCUAAUGGCGGAUUGAAAUUGCUGAGGCAAGCAACUGCUCUGGAUUCAUCAAAGGCAAAGUCAUCAAAAGACUCAAGUUCAGGGAAACCACCUUUAUGCAAUACUCAUGGCACAGCUGAUGAUAGAGGGGCCAUUGAGGUUCCUUCGUCAGGAGGAAGUCAUUCUCUUUCCAAUGUAAAUAGUAAGAACAAUAAGAAGAUGAACUGCAAACCAUCCAAAUUGGAAACAGUUACUGACUCAAAAUCAGAGGUUUCAUCACGAUCAGAAGGUGUUGUACAGCGGUUGGAUCCUAAGGUGGGGGAAAGCUGUGUUGCCAUGUCUGAAGAAGAAGCUGCUGCCUUUGCAGCUGCUGAAGCUGCUCGUGCUGCUGCUCUUGAAGCUGCAAAGGCAUAUGCGUCUUCAGAAGCAGACUGCAGCGCAUUACGUGAGCUUCCGAAGAUACCGUCAUUUCACAAAUUUGCUAGGCGUGAACAAUAUGCCCAAAUGGAUGACUCGGAUCUUAGGAGAAAAAAGUGGUCAGGGGAUGUUUUGGGAAGGCAAGAUUGUAUAUCAGAAAUAGACUCUAGGAAUUGCAGAGUUAGGAACUGGUCUGUGGAUUUCUCUGCCACCUGUGCCAACCUUGACAGUUCGAAAAUGUCAGGUGACAACUAUACACAAAUGAGCUACUCAAAUGAGGUUGCAUAUCAACUGAAUCUCAGAGAGCAUUCGGGGGAAAGUGUAGCCAUCGAUAGUAGCUUUACAAAGGCAUGGGUUGACACUGCUGGUGGUGGAGGGGUGAAGGACUAUCUUGCCAUCGAGAGGUGGCAGUCCCAAGCAGCAGCUGCUGAUUUGGAUUUCUAUCAUUCAACUGGACAGGUUAGAGAUGAGGAGGACUCAAACACAGCAACAAAACUGCACACUGAAAAGCAUGAGAGACAGGCAGAAGAAAGCUCUGUUUCACAACUCUCCGAAAACAAGCUGUUGGUGGAAAAUCAGCGAAGAGGAGUGGAGCGUAUUAAACAGGCUGUUGCUGAUUAUGUGGCAUCAUUGCUCAUGCCUCUAUACAAAGCAAGGAAGCUUGAUAAGGAAGGUUACAAGUCAAUAAUGAAGAAAAGUGCAACUAAGGUUAUGGAGCAGACAACAGAUGCAGAGAAAGCAAUGACCGUUUCUGAGUUCCUCGACUUAAAGAGGAGGAACAAGAUUCGUCCCUUUGUGGACAAGUUGAUUGAGAGGCAUAUGGCGAUGAACAAAGUUGCAAAAUCAUGAAAGUCUGAGGAUUAAUUGGGGAUUGCCGAUGGUAUAUGGGCACCCUUUUCCCUGAUACAUCAAGGUGUGCCCUCCGUUCCUUCUCAACCGCUUGAACGUGACAUUUGUUGGAAGAGAGUGGGGUGUGUGUGGGGGUGGGCACUAGAUUGCAACAGCAGAUGGACAUGUGCUUAAGAUGCUGUAUAUAAUCUGCCCUUGACUAGUCAACAACGAUCCAUUAACUGCUGUGCAACUUGAAAAUGGGGGAAGGGCCUGUUUCUUCGAGAUUCUAUGCCUAUUGCCCAUUCAUGCAGCAUUGGUAGGUCCUUUCAUUAUGUGCAGAACUUUGGUCACUUGCAACUUUGGCCAGAGUCGUCUACAGCAUGAAGGUGAAAGGUUGAGCACUAGACGCCUACCGUGUACACCAAUAUCAAGCUCUAGUCCGAGAAACGUUGGAUUACUGGCAGCAGCAGUUUUUAUACCCAUCAGAAGUUUUUUUUUUUUGAGACAAGAUUGAACCCUAUUUUUUAUCUAGGGGAUUCUCAGACUAGAGUUAGAUAUUUUCUCUCCCAUUUUUUAAUUUAAUUUUUGUACAGCUCAAAAUUGUUUCUGACAUAAACAACCUUCCUUUUAACAAUUUUUUUUUAGGGGUAAAAGUUUCUGUUAACAAUUUAACAUGUUCUUUCUUGUGCCCUAUGUAGACGGGUCUAAAUUUCAGUAGUCUUUGUAACAUUGUUUCUGGUUAUAGAAGGAAUGAUCUGCAUUAAUUGGCUGCCA